UUGGAGGCUGUCAGGAGGAAUUAAGUUAAGGAUUUUUCCACCAUGUUUGGAAAGAAGAAGAAAAGGCUUGAAAUUUCUGGGCCCUCUAACUUCGAGCAUCGGGUUCACACUGGCUUUGACCACCGGGAGCAGAAGUUCACCGGACUACCUCAGCAGUGGCACAGCUUGCUGGCGGACACGGCAAACAGGCCAAAGCCUAUGGUGGAUCCCUCAUGCAUCACUCCCAUCCAGCUCGCGCCUAUGAAGACUAUUGUUAGAGGAAAUAAGCCUCGAAAGGAUACUUCGAUCAACGGCCUGCUGGAAGAGUUUGACAAUAUUUCGGUGACACGAUCCAAUUCCCUGCGGAAGGAAAGUCCUCCCACCCACCACCAAGGAAACGCAAACCAUGUGCCAAGGCACCAGGAGGAAAAUGGUUAUAUCACGUAUUCCCAGUACUCCAGUGAGUCAGACACUACAACAGACUAUGUGGUGGAAAAAUAUCGAGACAAGACUCUUUACGGGGAAGAGGUAGACAGGUACUACAAAGGGAGCUAUGUCGCCAAGCAGAAUGGGCACAUGAUGAAGGUGACUUCCCGGGACAUCUAUUAUUCAGAAGCGACGCCCCUGCAGUCAGACCUCUCCAGGUUCCUCCCAGAUUACCACGCGCACCUGGAGACAAAACCCAAACCGCUGGAAUACGGUGGCCUAAAGCUGGAGCAUCAGCACUUCCUUAGCGGAUCCUCCCUGGACUAUAGAGAUCCCUUUCCUUACACUCCAUCCCGAGCAUCGGUGCAGAGUGAGUGCCCUAAGGAGAGGCUGGAGUACAGCGACUGGGGGCACGGCCUGGGCAAGGAUGACUAUGACAAGAGGCCGAAGUCAUCCUAUGUGGACCCAGCGAGCCCUCAGCCAGCGAUGAGGCAGAGGUCCAGGUCAGGCUCUGGUCUGCAGGAGCCGGCCAUGCCCUGUGGAGCGAGCGCUUUUAAAGCGCACCAGCAAGGACAUUCCUACAGCUCCUACACCUACCCCCGCUUGUCCGAAACCGCAGCAGGCAUUCCCAAGGUGGAUUACGAUCGAGCGCAGCUGGUCGUUAGCCCACCGCUCUCUGGAUCGGACACCUACCCCAGGGGCCCAGUAAAGCUACCUCAAAGUCAGAGCAAAGUCAGCUAUUCCAGCAGCAGCUACCAGUACCCGCUGGUCUACCACAAAGCGUCCCACUAUCACCAACCGUCUCUCCAGCCCAGCUCUCCCUAUAUUUCUACCGCCUCCUACCCCAGCUCCCCAAGUAUCACAUCAAGUGCUUAUCCUCCACCCAGCUGGGGAUCCUCCUCAGACCAGCAGCCCUCUAGGGUGUCCCACGAACAGUUCAGAGCUGCCCUGCAGCUUGUGGUCAGCCCCGGUGACCCCCGGGAGUACUUGGACAACUUCAUCAAGAUCGGGGAGGGCUCCACGGGGAUUGUCUGCAUCGCCACCGAGAAGCACACAGGAAAGCAAGUCGCCGUGAAGAAGAUGGAUCUCAGGAAACAGCAGAGAAGAGAGCUGCUCUUUAAUGAGGUUGUAAUCAUGAGAGAUUACCAUCAUGAAAACGUGGUUGACAUGUACAACAGUUACCUUGUUGGCGAUGAGCUGUGGGUUGUGAUGGAGUUUCUGGAGGGCGGCGCUUUGACAGAUAUAGUGACUCACACCAGGAUGAAUGAGGAGCAGAUAGCGACUGUCUGCCUGUCCGUCCUGAGAGCCCUGUCCUACCUGCACAACCAAGGCGUCAUCCACCGUGACAUCAAAAGCGACUCCAUCCUUCUCACAAGCGACGGGAGGAUAAAAUUGUCCGACUUUGGGUUCUGCGCCCAGGUGUCAAAGGAGGUCCCCAGGAGGAAGUCGCUGGUUGGGACGCCGUACUGGAUGGCACCGGAGGUGAUAUCCCGCCUGCCCUAUGGCACUGAGGUGGAUAUCUGGUCCCUGGGCAUCAUGGUGAUAGAGAUGAUAGACGGCGAACCUCCCUACUUCAACGAGCCACCGCUGCAGGCCAUGCGCCGAAUCCGGGAUAACUUACCGCCUCGGGUGAAGGACAUGCACAAGGUCUCCUCAGUCCUCCGGGGUUUCUUGGACUCGAUGCUGGUGCGGGAGCCCUCGCAGAGAGCCACGGCGCAGGAACUGUUGAGACACCCCUUUCUCAAACUGUCUGGGCCCCCUUCUUGCAUCGUACCCCUCAUGAGGCAGCACAGGCACCGCUGA